GACAGCGAAGAGGUCGAGCUUUUGGCGCGGAGGCGGCCGGUUCCUCCCCCCAUCGACGUCGAGGAUGCAUCGAAGUCGACAGCCAAGUGCUUCGCACCUCAGAGCCCGUCGAAACAGCCGCCGGCUCCACCGGCUGAUGAUCAGCAUGACGAAGAGACCGUCGCCAGCCUGCGAAGUCAUCAGUCGGAUUCCGUGGACUAUGGGGAGGGCAACACCACGACAACGACGCCAAAUUCCAAGAUGUGGAGGUCGCGACAAUCGCGCUUCUUGGGGACGCAGGUCAUGAGCGAGAAGUGGACGCCGGAUCCGCCUCUGAAACAGUUCGUCAAGGGCCCGCUAGAUGGCUACAUGGGCUUGGUUGUCAUUAUCAACCUCGGCUUCAUGAUCAUGAUGACGCAGUGGAUGGGCUCUGUAGCUGACCUCAGCCUCGGCAUAGGAAGCAUCGAGGACACCCAGUGGAUCGACGAGUACUUCUUUGAGGUUGCGGAGUACGUCUUCUUUACCUUGUAUGUCAUGGACGUCUUGGUGCGCGCGUACGUCCUUGGCCGGGAGUGGCUUUGGGAUCCUCGCUUGGGAUUGCAGUAUCUCAAUGUGUUUGACGCCGUCUUGGUUUGUCUGAAUGUGUUUGAGCUCUUCCUGUUUCCCGCAUUAGUCCUUGGCAGCAGCAAUCAAGACCGCGACCAGCAGGCCAACAGCCUCCGCGUCAUCAAGCUGAUGCGCAUCGUCCGAACCCUGCGCAUCGUGAAGACGCUGACGAUGUUCCGGCAGUUGAGGCUGCUCGUGGGAACAUGCAUUGCCAGCAUCGGAGCCUUGUUUUGGUCCAUGGUUCUGCUCCUCGUGCUCAAACUCGGCUUUGCGCUGAUCGUCUGCCAAGCGCUGCAAGGAUUCAUCCUGGACGACCAGGCACCUCUCGCUGCGCGAGAAGAGAUGAACAACCUGUAUGGGAGCUUCCUCAAGGCCCUCUAUACCAUGUUUGAAGUUACCCAUUCUGGGAGCUGGCCUACGGUGGUGCGUCCAGUGCUGGAGAAAGUCGAUCCCUGGUAUGCCCUCUUCUUCCUCACCUACAUCACCCUCGUGGUCUUUGCAGUCAUUCGCGUCGUAACCGCCCUCUUUCUUAAAGAAACUUUGGCGAGUGCGGAGAACGAUGCGGACAUGGCAAUGGAGAACUCCAGACGUCAGGCUGGGGAGACUCACAGGAAGCUGGAGGACUUGUUCAUGGUGGCAGAUGAGGACGGUGACGGGCAUUUGUCGCCAGAGGAAUUCGUGGCAGCAAUGAGUCUGCCCAGCGUGCAGCGAUUCCUCACCUCCUUGGACGUCAGUAUCAGGGACUGCGGCCCCUUGUUCGACAUCCUGGAUGAUGGUGACGGUAUGAUCACCAUUGCGGAGUUCUGCAAGGGUCUGAUGCAGCUGAAGGGCCAAGCACGUGCCAUCGAUCUCGUCGUUUUGCAGCACGACAAUCGAAAGUUGCUGCGAGAGUGCGAGCGGAUCAACGUGACACUACGCCACCUUUCCAAG